CUUAAAAUUUUUAAAUUUCAAGUUGCGAAGUCAUCACAAAGAGUAUUGUUCUUGUUAAAAGUGUGACUCAAAUCUCUUUUGGUUUUGUUACGUCUCAGAUUCCGGUGAACCAGUACUUUUAUUCAUUGAAAUACUAUUUCAUCACCCACGUUGCCGUAAUUUAUUAAUUUAAAUGCUAUUUUAUAACCCAAGUUGCUACAUAACGUGUAUUGUGCCGAUGUAAUUUGUCUUAAUAUCGCGUGAUUGCGUGAAAUAGUGGUGCGUUUACGGGUCUCUUCCGGAAAUAGUUUUUCUCCCGUUUCUGCUAAACGGGAAUCAAGAUGGCGGCACCCGUUACCAGGACGCUGGCUGUGCUACAGCGAGCGACAUGGAGCGCCUUUAAGGCUUCCGAAACGUCACAGGGUGUGCCACGGCACCCCGUUCCGCUUUUAGUGCCCGUGAGGACCAAGAAGCGCUUUUUCGUGCCCCCGGCCGUGGGUGUCAAGGGCAAACAAAAUGUCAACCCGGAAGCCAAGGCAAGAGCUGCUGGCGUUGUGUUCCGGCAGCAGUACAUUGAGAGGCCCAUCAACAUCGCCUGCACCGCGGGAAUCUUUGACCCCUACGUCCCUCCCGAGGGCGACGCUCGGCUUUCCUCUUUGUCCAAAGAAGGCUUGAAGCAGCGCACGGAGCAGCUGCGACAGAGCGCCUCAUCGCAGCUGGCAAUUCGGAAGAUCAAAGAGUUCGACUCUGAGUUUUCCUCCAAGGAUUUUGCCGAACGGGCCCAGGAAAUCUUCAUCGAGGCUCACAACGCGUUGUGCACCUUCGACAAAGACAAGCUUCACUCACUGGUGACAGAGCGCUGUUACCCGGAGAUGACGCGGGGCAACCGCUACAAGACCCUGCGCUGGCGCUUGGUGGAAUCGCUGGAGGCGCCCCGCGUGGUCCACGCCCGCAGCCCCGACAUGGUCGCCAAGGGCAACCUCUACGGCCAGGUGACUGUCCGCAUGCACUCCAGACAGACUCUGGCCAUCUACGACCGCUUCGGACGGUUGAUGCUGGGCGGCGAAGAUCAGCCCAAGGACGUCUUGGAAUAUCUGGUCAUGGAGCGGCACCUGGUCAACCCCUACGGACGCUGGCGCCUCCACGGGAAGAUUGUGCCGUCCUGGGCGCCCGCCAAGGACCCCAUCGUGAAAACCGUCGUCAUUCCCGGUCCGAAGCUAAAGCCCGGCGAAGAAUUUGAUCCCCUCACCUACCGAGUUCCCCAACCCGAGGCGGUGCAGUGGUCAAAAUAAGCCACCUUGGCAGCUGCACCUUCCAGCCACAGCGGGACCGCCUUCCAAGUGCAAGUAUGUGUCUCAAAGGCAACUUUCGGAGCACUUUUUGGUUGCUCCCUUUUCUAUUCGUGCGUCAAGAAAAAAAGCCAAUAAAAAGGACGUUCAGAAACGCAAA